AUGGAUUUCUUAAACUCAUCUGAUCAAAACUUGACCUCGGAAGAACUGUUCGACAGAAUGCCAUCAAAAAUUCUGGUGUCCUUCAUUCUCUCUGGGCUGGCACUGAUGACGACGACCAUUAACUCACUUGUGAUCGCUGCAAUUAUUGUAACCCGAAAGCUACACCACCCAGCCAACUACUUAAUUUGCUCCCUUGCAGUCACAGAUUUUCUUGUAGCUGUCCUGGUGAUGCCUUUCAGCAUUGUGUAUAUUGUGAGAGAGAGCUGGAUUAUGGGGCAAGUGGUCUGUGACAUUUGGCUGAGUGUUGACAUCACGUGCUGCACUUGCUCCAUCUUGCAUCUCUCUGCUAUAGCUUUGGAUCGGUACCGGGCAAUCACAGAUGCUGUUGAGUAUGCCAGGAAAAGGACUCCCAAGCAUGCUGGCAUUAUGAUUACCAUAGUUUGGAUUAUAUCUGUUUUCAUCUCUAUGCCUCCUCUAUUCUGGAGGCACCAAGGAACUAGCCGAGAAGAUGAGUGCAUCAUCAAACAUGACAACAUUGUUUCCACUAUUUACUCAACAUUUGGAGCUUUCUACAUCCCAUUAACAUUGAUUUUGAUCCUCUACUACAAAAUAUAUAAAGCAGCAAAGACGUUAUACCACAAGAGACAAGCAAGUAGGAUUGCCAAGGAGGAACUGAAUGGUCACCUUUUGGGGAGUGGUGAGAAAAGCAUUAGACUGGUCUCCACACCAUACAUGCUAGAAAAAUCUUUAUCUGAUCCAUCAACGGACUUUGAUAAAAUUCAUAACACAGUGAAAAGCCCCAGGUCUGAAUUCAAGCAUGAGAGAUCCUGGAGAAGGCAAAAGAUCUCAGGCACAAGAGAACGCAAAGCAGCCACUACCCUGGGAUUAAUCUUGGGUGCAUUUGUAAUAUGUUGGCUUCCUUUUUUUGUAAAAGAAUUGGUUGUUAAUGUCUGUGAAAAGUGUAAAAUUUCUGAAGAAAUGUCAAAUUUUUUGACAUGGCUUGGAUAUCUCAAUUCCCUUAUAAACCCACUGAUUUAUACAAUCUUUAAUGAAGACUUCAAGAAAGCAUUCCAAAAACUUAUGCGAUGUCGAAAUUAG